AUGACGACCAUCCUUCCGAAGCGCGCGAUCCCCUACGUUGUCCUAACUGGCGCCUUUUUAUACAACCUAAACAUAGGAAUCAUCAAUUCGUAUGGCAACCUUAACAUAUACCUGACCUCCUACCUGAGACACAAGGGCGAAAAUGUAACCUACAGGGAUGUGUCUUUUAUAUAUGAGCUGACGAUAAUCAUGCUGGGGGUGUCUAUGCUGAUUGGAAAUGUUGUGCAGAAGAAAUUAGGAGAGAGGGCAACCAUAUUGACUUGCUGCUUCACAUCUUUUAUCUCCUUUUAUCUGUCCUCAGUUUAUGCUCACUCGUACUUGAUGCUUUGUCUGUUCAUGGGGGGGCUUUACGGACUGGGAUAUGGAAUCAGUUUCACCAUUCCGCUUUCGUGUGCAUACAAGCAUUUUAAAAAGAACCGAGGGUUGGUCAGUGGAAUUGUCAUCUCUGCAAUAUCGUUGAGUCCAUUUCUGUAUUGCCCAUUACAGACUCUGCUUAUAAAUAGAAACAACGUCUUGCCAGUCGAGAGGCCUGCAGAUCACAGUGGUGGACCCAAGGAACGCUAUUUUGAAGACCCCCAUGUGCUUGAGAGAAUCCCCCAUGUCCUUUUCAUCCAGUCUGUGGUCUUUCUCAUUUUUGCCACAUGUGGUGCUUUUUUCGCAACGAUGGAAGUAAGGGGAGGGGGGGAAAAACAACUCAGUAGUGGUAAUCUCGAUGGAGGAAACAAGAACAACAAACAGUUGGAUGCACAGUAUAGGAGCCUCAGUGAUGUGGAGAAGAAUGACGAACAAAUGGGAAUCACCACGGAGAAGAAUAAGGGAGACCAAAACGAUGUAACAAAUGAGACAGAUAACUUGGGGUCCCGACUAGCCAAAUCUUUUAAAAAAAAAAAAAAAAAAAAAAAAUUGGACGGAGCGUUAAAGGAUGAAGAUGGAGAAGAUGGGGAAGAUGAAGAAGGCAUGCCAAAUGGGAAGAAAAAGAAGAAGAGAAAGAAAAAUUUUAUGCAUUUCUUCUUCAACAAGUUAAACAUAAACACAGCUAUAUCGUCGGACAGCACUAUGCAGAAGUAUUACAACAAGAAGUGCACAGAAGACACUUUUUUUUUCUUCCUAUGGCUAUCUGUCGUGUUAUUCAAUUCGUAUAUCAAUUUUGUCAUUAUGUAUUGGAAAAUAAUUGGCAUCACUUACACGUCUAUGGAAGAUAAAUUCAUCACGCUGAAUGGCAGCUUUAUUAACAGCAUGUCCAACAUCGCCGGGCGGUUGGUAUGGGGAUCCAUAUAUGACAAGCUACAGCUUCACGUCACUGUAACCUUGCUAGGGGGGUUCAUAUGCUGUGCGUGUUUCCUCCUGCCAGCCAUUUCGCACAUAUACAUUCUGUACGCAUUUGCGUGCGCCCUCUUCUACUUCUGCAUCGGGGGGAGCUUUGUCACCAUCCCUAUUAUCACCCUUAAGAAGUAUGGCGAACUGCACUUCUCCCUGAAUAUGUCCCUUCUCUACACCACACGCAUUGCCAACACGUUUCUGUGCAGCUUAGUCGUCCGUCUCUUUUACAGCAUGUUCACCCUGCGAUGCCUGAGCUCGGCCUUCGGCCUCAUUUCGCUCGUCGCCACGGUUGCGAUGUUCUUCCUUACGCAGUCGUAG